AUGGCUUCGAAGGCAACUCGACUCAGAGCCCUCGCGCUUUAUAAGGAACUUCACAGGCUAGGCAGAGAUUAUGAACCUUCAUACGACUUCCAUGGGAAGCUUAGACGCUUAUUCGAAAAGAACCGAAACCUUGCUGAUGAACAGGAAAUAGAAAAGGCACUCAGACUCGGAGAAUAUAUCAAGAACGGCGAGUCCAGGUGGUUUCAAACUCGUUGCUCCAACUCAUCAAAUGUGCCAGAAACCCUUGCCUUGUACUCGCUCCGCAAGUACCGACAUCUGAAGCGGAUGUAUCCUGCGUCCGAAACUUGA